UCCGCAGUUCCCAACGCGCUUAUGCCCGCAAGCUGACUGCUGUCGUGAAAAUGGCUGCGCCUGAUGCUGAACAUUCGGAUGAGGAAGAACUUGGACUGGAGCCUAGACUUCAUGAUACUCCUAAAGAUAUUUUCUGUGAGGCAGCAGCAAAUACCAUUGACUUUCACCCCUCCCGAGACAUCAUAGCUAUUGGAGAUGUUGAUGGCGAUGUCUAUGUAUACUCAUACUCCUGUUUGGAAGGGGAAAACAAAGAACUUUGGUCCUCAGGUCAUCAUUUAAAAUCCUGCCGGAAAAUAUCUUUUUCGCAAGAUGGACAAAGCCUUUUCACAGUAUCCAAGGAUAAAUCUAUUCAUAUCCUGAAUGUGGAGGAAGGCCGUCUUGUGACACGAUUCUCCAAGGCUCACAAUUCAGCUUUGAACAGCCUAUUGGUGAUAGAUGAGCAUUUGUUUGCUACAGGGGAUGACAGUGGAGUGUUGAAAGUAUGGGACCUGCGCAAGGGCACGUCCAUCAUGGAAAUGAAGCAGCACGAGGACUACAUCAGUGAUAUGAUCCUAGAUAGAAACAAGAAGCUGCUUCUCACUACCAGUGGAGAUGGAACAAUGGGAGUCUUCAACAUUAGGAGAAGGCGCUUUGAGCUUCUCUCGGAACCUCAGAAUGGAGACUUAAUGGCUAUAUCUCUGAUGAAAAGGGGAAGGAAAAUAGCCUGUGGCUCCAGUGAGGGAACAAUUUACCUCUUCAACUGGGAUGGUUUGGGUGCCACCAGUGACCGUUUUGCACUGAAAGCAGAAUCCAUAGACUGCAUGGUUCCCAUAACCGAGAGCAUUGUGUGCACAGGUUCCACUGAUGGAAUUAUUAGGGCUGUAAAUAUCUUGCCCAACCGAGUAAUAGGAAGUGUUGGGCAGCAUAUGGGUGAGCCUAUUGAACAGUUGGCUAAGUGUCAUACGGGCAAAUUCCUGGCCAGCUGUGGCCAUGAUCAAAAAGUGAAAUUCUGGGACAUCUCUUCACUUAGUUCAGUGAUUGUGGACGAUUACAGAAAAAAGAAGAAAAAUAAACAACUGAAGCCUUUAAGUCGCAAAGCAUUUGGCAAUGGGGAAGAUUUCUUUGCAGACUUGAAAGAGGUGGCAGCAGACUUGGAGAAAGAGAAUGGUGGACUUUCUGAGACUGACAGUGACUGAAAGACUCACACAGAUCCGAUUAGAUGCUUACUCCCUCGAAAAGACAUUUUGGAAAAAUUCAGCUAUGUUGUAUUUUUCAUGCUGAGAAUUAGCUUCAGGAUAUUUAAGCUUUGUGGGCAAAGCCUUGGUAGCCUAAUAGAACUAAUAGUACAGAAGAGAGCUAAGAUUGGAAGAAUUUUUCCAUCUCUGAGAUAAAUGGGAGAACAUGGUUGCUACAGAAAGGGGAAAUGAAAUGUCAUCAUAUGUGGACAGUUAGAAUAUUAAGAUUUUUUUUAUGUAUCGCAAGAGUUUGCCUUGCAAAGGCCAAACGUCUGUUUCCUCCAUGGAGUGAUGCUUUCAUUUUGUCACCUAAAAUAUUUAGGAAUCAGGCUAUUGCUCCACCUAGCGAAUGGAUUCCAUUUCAUUGCUAUGGUAGCAAAACAAGGAUAUCUCUUAAACUCAAAAGAAAACAGAUUUAAAUAAUGGAUUGAUGUUCCUAAUGGAACUUCAGGAGUUUCUAAAUUAUUGUUUUUCUGGAACUUUA